UAGAAUACUCAAGGAGAUAGUCCGGGUAUAGUAUAUACGGACUCUUAUGUAGCAUCAUCAUUGUCGACCUUCAUUGAUUAAAUAUAUCCUAACUACUUCAACAGCGAAUCGGAGAAUUUCUGUCACUUAGAUGAUGUUAAGCACCAGCUUUACUGUCUAGCACCGUUAAUAAAUAAAUAACAUAGCAAGUUGGUGAUAACGAUCCACUUGACAUUAAAAAAGUCAAAGUCCGACCAGUGCUUAGUCAUAUAAGAAUACAUUUACAUAUUACAAAAGAAUGAAGCCAUAAUACAGGUUCUCUCAUAGGGCAAUUCCACCUUGAUAAGAGCAAAUAGAGUUGAUGAUGGAGUUGAGAAUUCUAAGGGCAGUUGUGUUGGUUUUGGCUUUGGGAAUGUUAACUGGUCAAUCUUGUGCCUCUUUCAAAGAUUGCUACACCAAAUGCUUUAUAUUUUGUAUGAUUGAACCUUCUGAAACCCUGUGUUCCUGCACUACACACUGCUUGAAACAAUGCAUAUUCUCAGACAGCCCACAAGGUGUUCAUGAAGAUAAGGAUAAUCUUGGAUUUUGUAAACUUGGCUGUGCCUUCUCCAUGUGCUCCACUAUUAGUACUAAACGAAAGCCAAAUGGAGAGAAGGUUGAUAACUGUGUGGGAUCCUGCUCAACAAAGUGCACCAAAAGCUACUCAUUACCUUGAAGAAAUUGGUCAUAUAUGUAACUCUUUAAUCUUGACAAUUUUUUUUUUUUUUUUUUUUGGUCUUAGUGAUUUUAGCAAGUCCAUAUCAACUUCGAUGCAAUGAUGCUAUCAAUAACAUGCAGUGAUGUUCUUUUCUGGAGAAUUAGCAUUUUUCGCUCUUCAACUUCUACUUCAAACAAGUAAAGGACUUCCUUGUUUUCAAAAGUUACAAUUUUAGCGAUGAAUUAAUAUUAAGUUUCUACUCUCGGAGUUUUCUGGAUU